AGAUCUCCCAACUCCACGUUUGGAAGCUGCGACCAUGAAGCGGGACGAGCCGACGCCGGACGCGGAGACGCUGCCAUGGGUCCGGGUGCAGAUGGAAGGCCUCGUGGGCUCGACCUUCGACGCCUCCACGGAGGACCGCGAUGGCCAUGUGUGGUCCUUCCGCUGCAUGCCGGACGACACAAGCGGCGACGUGCUCGUCGCGAUCGACCGCGUCGAUGCGACCAUGGGCACGCUCUUCGUGCAAGCGACGCUGCAGCAUCCAUCACGAGACGCAUCCCGGUAUAUCGUCAUGGACGGCUCCUUGAGCGAGACGAGCGUCGAGCUCAAGCUCACGACCAUGCACAUGUUGAUGGACCCGAGCAGCGGCUUUAUGCAUCCUGACGGCGACAUUCGCAUCGACAUCGUGGUCUGGGACUGUGCGCCGUCGUCCAAGCGCUUCAAGGCCAGCGGUAGUGACACGACGAGCAACAGCAGCACGGUCGGCGACGAAUAUCUCGUCGACGAGACGUUUCUGACGGCCGAGAACCGGCUGGAUCCAUCCAUCUUUGACGACGAUGAGAUGACUAUCGACGAAGAGAGCCAAGCCGAAGAGAAGCGCUUGGUCGACCUCGCAACCAGCUACGUCAUGCAGGCGCAGCAAGACGACGAAGAAGCGCAGGUACUUUUAGCGCGACGCAAGAAGGGCGCCGAGGACGACACUGUCGACCUCACCUUGCCGUCGUCGUACGACUCCAAGACGACGACCGGCAUGGUCGGGCUCAAGAACCAAGGCGCGACCUGCUACAUGAACUCGCUCCUCCAGACGCUCUUCCACAUGGCGCCAUUUCGGAAGGCCGUGUACGACACGCCAACGGCCGACGAAGACAGCGCGACGAGCGUCGUCUUGGCGCUCCAGCGUGUGUUUUACCGGCUCGAAACCGCGGACAAGGCCGUGAGCACAAAAGAGCUCACCAAGUCGUUUGGGUGGUCCCAUAUGGAUGCGUUCACGCAGCACGACGUACAGGAGCUCUACCGGAUUCUGUGCGACCGGCUCGAAGAAAAAAUGAAGGGCACGCCGGCCGACGGCUUGAUCAAGGCGCUCUUUGAAGGCAAGGUCAAGAGCUUCAUCUCGUGCGUGCAUGUCCCGUGCGAGUCGUCGCGCGAAGAGUCGUUCUACGACCUCCAGCUGGACGUCAAGGGCCUCGUCAACCUCGAUGCGAGCUUUGAAAAGUACAUUGAAGUCGAGAUGCUCGACGGCGAAAACCAAUACGACGCCAAAGACUUUGGCAAGCAAGAUGCGAAAAAGGGGCUUGUCUUUGAGAGCCUCCCGCCGGUCCUCAACCUCCAGCUCAAGCGAUUCGAGUACGAUCCGCUGCGCGAUGGCAUGGUCAAGGUCCACGACCGCUUUGAGUUUCCAAAGCGAUUGGACCUCAGCGCCUAUGUGCCGGGAACGUCGCCGUCGCCCGUCUACCACCUCCACAGCAUUCUCGUGCACUCGGGCGACGUGCACCACGGCCAUUACUAUGUCUACGUCCGUCCGCGUCUGGACAAGGACUGGUACAAGUUUGAUGAUGACGUCAUCUCGAGUGCGGACGAAGAGAGCCUCCUGGAAGGCAGCUAUGGCCGGCCACCGGACGCGUCGUCCAAUUCGCCGCUGAGCCGCGUCUUGAGCUGCAGCAGCGCCUACAUGCUCGUCUACUUGCGCGAAGAUGCAUGUCCGUCGGGUGCCGAGCCGGCUGUGAUCCCUGACGCGCUCAAGGAGCGGUUUCAAGACGAGGAAAUCGCAGUCCGCCGUCGCAAGCGGCUCGUCCAGCGGGAACACAUGUACUAUCAUUUGCGCAUCGCCACCGACGAGUGCCUCUACACGUUUGACAACAUUACCAAGUCCAAGGACUUUUGCGAGUUUCCGAAAACGGCCAAGUCCCCGCCGACGUCGUCGACGAUGCUGAGCUUCAAAGUGCCAAAGGCGUGGACGGUGCGGCAGCUGUAUGGCCUCGUCCACCUCGAAACCGGUGUCCCGAUCGAGCAUUUUCGGCUCUGGACGAUGACAGCGCGCGAAAACCGGACCCAUCGCCCGGACGAGCAUUUGGAUACGCACUUGGAUGCAACGCUGCAGCGCGCCUUGCACGACAAUGACGCGACGAUCAACAAGAUUGUGCCGUUGUACCUUGAGGUCGUCUUGCCCAACACGGUGCUGCGUCGGUACACGCUCGCCGACUUUGCGCCCAUCGAGUUUGAGGGCAAAGACGCGGUCGUGGGCGUCGACGACGAUGGUAUUCCGGACGACGACAUGCCGCCGGGCUUGCUUGCCUCGGUCAAUGCAGCGGCCGCAGCGCGCGACCCGAUUCUAGACCCCCGCGGCUCGUUGCUGCUGUUUGUGAAAUACUACAACGUGGGCGUCGGCGCGAGCCAACGGCCUUUGUCGUACAUGGGCACGAUGCUCCUGCACGGUUCCGACACGGUCGCGACGGUGCUCCAGGGCAUUCAAGACCACGCGUUUGGCUCACCGAUUGCGAUGGACUUGGCGCUCUACGAAGUCGUGCAGCCAGAGACUGUUACCAAGCUCGACGAACAUGCGACGCUGGUCGACAGCGAGCUCCAGAGCGGCGACAUUGUUGUGUUUCAAGUGGCCGUCGAGGACGAGAACGACGACGACGACGACGACGCGGACGACGAGUCGAUGUGUCGCACGGUGCCCGAGUACUUUGCGUAUCGGCUCAACCGUGUGGACGUGACGUUUCGCGCGCGUUUUGAGAACGAUGUGCCGACGACCGAGGUCUCGCUUCCGUUGCUGCUCACCGACUCGUACGACGACGUGAUCCACUCGGUUGCGAUUGCCCUCGACAUGGACCCUCUCUUUGUGCGGCUGUAUCCGCACUCGUCCCACACGCACGGCCCACGUGCCAAGCCGUACAAGCACAGCCGGAGCUCGGGCUCGUCUGGCAUCACGCUCAAGGCGAUGCUCAUGACGUCGUUUGACAGCAGUGCGACGCUGCUCUACUACGAACGCCUCGACGAGUCGAUCGUCAACCUCGAGCGCAAGACGCAUCUGCCCGUGUACCUCUCGCCGUACGAGCCGGCAUUCGCCACGGACACGCUGAGCCGCGUCGACUUGAUUUUGGAGCCGACGUCGACGGUGCAAGGCGCGCUCGCUGAAAUCGCCCGUCGGCACGCGGUCGACACGGCAUUGGUCGACUUGCGGCUGCUAGAGACGCGGGACGGGUCGACCAUGCUCCGCAUCGUGCCGACCGCGACACCGAUCUCGCUACUGCAAGGCUCGAGUUUGUUUGUCGUUGAUUCGAUCCCCGCGACCCGCAAGCCGUUUUGCCAGUCGGUGGUCCUCGGUGUCAUGCACUUCAGCUACACCCACGACACGUUCAUUGCGCCGCACCACACGGCCGGCCUCGUCGUGGCCUAUGACGACGACACGUUCGAGUCGCUUCGCCGCCGCGUCCAAGCCAAGUUCAAGGUCACGGACGACGUGUUUGCCAAGUGGAAGCUCUCGGCGAUCGUCGAGAGUCGCGGGGUGCCGCUCGAGUCGGAGCCAGGCGACAUGAACCGCGAUGUGGUCUUUGACGAAGGCCGACUCGAGCUCGCCCGGGGCGACGGCUACUGCUUUCUCGGGCUCGAGUACGCAGCCACGAUCGCACCGUCGCGCCGCCGGGCGGACGGCGGCAUCAAGAUUCGAUCCGGGUAGAUGUGGUCGUUCAAUAGACCAACGAUGUACGGUUGCGAUGGCCGGUCAUUAUCUCGUCCUCAAGCUCACAUUGGUGACGGUUCAUGAACAACUCGACUCGCAACGCAGAGAUAACAUCCGACGUACUCACUCGAAGCUCGAGUUAAUACCGUAGAAGGGUUAAAUACGUUUGUCCAGCUAUCGAG